UUAAAAUGGCGGAGUUUCCUAUCUAAAAGUUCUGUGCUUUUGAAAAGACCAGGGGAGAGGAGAGAGUGACAAAGAGUUAAAAAUGGAAUUACCAGUCUUUAGCCCUGUUCCUGAACAUACUCAAGCUCAAUUUGCAGUGCCAAUGGUGGAAGGAAAAAAUCAUCAUCUUACAAUGGCAAUGGUAGAAGACUAUUUAAAAGAGGAAUCAAGUUCCAUGGUGGAGCGAAAAGAGGAACUGGUGUCACGGAUUGGAGGAAAACCCACACUCAGAAUCGGUAGAUUUCUUAAACCUUGUGUUGAUCAUGUUAAUGAAGCAGCUGGGAUUCCUUUAGUUCCUCUUCUUUCUGAAAUCAUCACUUUCAGACACUGCAAAUGGCCUCCAAAAAUCCUGUUUAAAGGAUGGAGAUGUCCCCAGAAGAAAUGGAAGUACUGGAUCGAUCGUUUGCAGCCAUUGUACGGACCCAUAUGGGUGAAGGCUGGUAUUUACAAUGCGAUCAUGGCUUCUACUUACAGAGUUCGAAAGGACCAAGAUUUGGUCCUUGCAUUACUGGAGAAAUGGUGCCCUCACACCAGUUCGUUCGUCUUUCCAUGGGGAGAAGCAACAAUUACUCUUGAAGAUACCUUCAUUCUUGGUGGAUUCUCCUUUGUUGGAAAACCCAUUACUGAACCUCUAACGAAAGAGCAAGAGAAGAUGGAGAAGAAGAUGGAAGAAGAACAUGAUGGGUUCUACAAACACCAAUGGUGGAGCCCCUCUAACUCAGAAUGGAUUAAUCAUUUCAUGGAGACCCAGAUCGAAUUGGAGCAUGUAGCCUUCAUCUCCUUGUGGCUGUUAAGGUAUGUCUUUCCAACACCUUCUGAGAGAGCUGUGGGUCGGCAUGUCUUCCCCAUUGCCAUCCGUUUGGCUCAAGGGACACCCAUUGCUCUUGGACCUGCAGUGCUUGCAAGUCUCUAUCGUGAUCUUAGGUUUCUUAAAGAACAAUGUGUUCAUAACCUUCUUGGAUCAAAAAAGGAAUAUCUUGAAGAUGAUUUCCAUCUCAGCGUUUGGGCGCCAUUUCAAUUCAUGCAGCUCUGGGCUUGGGAAAGGUUUCCAUCUUUGAGACCAGAGAACCCCAAUUCUCUCCGUCCUGGUGAACCCAGAGCAGCUCUGUGGAGCAAACUGACGACUAACAUGAGUGUUGAGUUGGUGAGGUUGGUUAUGAGCUCACCUGAAAACUAUCAAUGGCGUCCUUAUGCUGCCAACUUGAGCAACUGGUGUCUCCCUUCCAUCUACAGUGAAAGGGAAAAAUGGGUUUCCCAAAGUCCAGAUGGGGAUGACGAGUCGCAGUCCUUUGCCCAUUGCUUGUGGGCUUCUGAGUUAGUUGGGAUAGACAGUAAAGAACACUAUCUUCCACAUCGAGUGGCUAUGCAAUUUGGAUUAGAUCAAGACAUCCCUGGUUAUCUUGGCCUUCCCAGGGGAACUUGCAGCGAGCCCUUUAAAUUUGCUAUGUUCUCUGUCCCACCUGGGCAUUUCGAAUCAGAUGUAACGAGGAGAUACUCAGAAUGGUGGAAGCAAUCCAUGCUGCUUCGUCGAGAAGCAAUCAAGUAUGCUUUAACUCAAGUUCAAAUUCAGGAGAACCCAAGAAAAUUAGCCAAACGUAAACGUUCAAUGAAAGAAAAGGCAAGAGGUAACAAUGGCUGGCCUCUUACAUUGGUUUCUUCUGAGAAUCACAAGCAGAGCUUUCGAGAUUCUACUACUGAUGAAAACGAGACACAGGAAUUGAAAAACCUUCAACUGGCAAAAGUGAAGGAGGAAGACCCCUAUGGUCCAGUUCCCCCUGGAUUUUCACCAAAAUGUAACAGGUUAAACUUGGAAGAUUCAAGCCACAAAGAUGAACAUUCAGUCCUGCAAAAGUUUAAACUUCUGAAAGACCUCAAUGAGUCUGCAAUUGGAAGCAUGCCAGCUAGUUCUGCCUCAACUAUAGCAACAAACAGAGAUUUGGGAGGAAAUGAAGAAGCCCGUAAAGAUCUCAUGGAGAAGAACUCAAUCGAAGAGAAGGGCAGCCAUAUACCCACGGAGGGAAACACAGCAAGGAAGGCAAUUGAACUGGAAGCUCGGGUUUGGGAGCUUGAGAAAGAGAUUUCUGGGCUUAAAGAGAAAUUACGUUCUAAAGAAGCGGGUAAACCUACAAAUCAGAGCCCAUCGCAGGCUGAUUAAAUCCAUGUUGUGCUUAGAAUAUAUGUAAAAUUGAAAGAUGUGUUUGAUUCUGCAUAAUCAAACUUGAUUCGAGUCUUAUUGUACAGAUGCAACUUGAAUUUCA